UCGGCCUUUGCGCCUUUCACUUCGCGGGAUGGGGACGCUGCUGCUCCUCUUCGCUCUGAGCGCGCUUCUUUGUUCCGCCGCUGCCGGAGAAGCUCGCGGGGCGCGGAGCUGCGCGGAGACCCGGCAGGCGCUGGCGAGCCGCGGCUUCUCACUCGCUUCGGUCCCACCCACCCUUAUCUCGGGAGAGCACCUUCGCAUCUGCCCCCAGGACUACACCUGCUGCGCCAGCGAGACGGAGGAGCGGCUCAGCGAGCAAGGGCAGGCGGACCUUCGGGCGCUGUUGGGGGAGACGGGCGCCUUCUUGAUCAGCACUCUGAGCUCUCGCCAGCACCGCUUUCAGGACUUUUUCCAGGAGCUUCUUGCUGGAGCUGAGCGGUCCCUCCAGGCCAUGUUUGCCCGUUCCUAUGGGCGCCUUUAUGUGCAGCAUGCCCGCCUCUUCCAGGGAUUAUUUGUGGAGUUGCAACAUCACCUUAAGGGGUCUCGGUCCAGCCUAGAUGAGGCCCUGAGUGACUUCUGGUCUCAGCUUUUGGAGCGAAUGCUGCCUCUGCUUAACCCCCAGUAUAGCUUCCCAGAAGGGUACCUGGAGUGUGUGGGGCGCCAGGUGGAAAGCCUCCAUGCCUUUGGAGACAGCCCCCGCCAGCUCCGGGUGCAGGUGUCUCGAGCUUUCCUUGCUGCUCGGGUCUUUGUUCAGGGCCUGGCCACAGGACGAGACAUCGUUGCCCAGGCAGUUAAGCUAUCUCCCACUGGAGAAUGUCGACGGGCACACAUGCGCCUCUCCUUCUGCCCCCUGUGCCGUGGGCUUCCAGCCCUCAAGCCUUGCCACGAAUUUUGCCUCAACGUCAUGAAAGGCUGCUUGGCGAGCAUCACAGAGAUGGACGCUGAGUGGGGGCGCUUCCUGGACGCACUGAUCCAACUGGCAGAACAGCUCACAGGACCCUUCAAUUUUGAAUUGGCAGCUGAUUCCAUUGCAGUGAAAAUUUCAGAGGCCAUAAUGUACCUGCAGGAACGCAAUAUACAGACAUCGGCUAAGGUCUUCCAGAGCUGUGGCAACCCCCGUCCAACUCCUGCCCGUUCCCGACGUGACCCCCAAGAAGAAAGCAGGUACCACUUUCAAAUCUACCCGCCAGAGGAGAAGCCAACCACCGCAGGGGGGACCAACUUGGACCGGCUGGUGUUGGAUUUCAAGGAAAAGCUUCGUCUCAUGAGGCGCUUCUGGAUCCUGCUGCCCCACACUCUCUGCAGCAGUGAAAAGACAGCAGCUGACAUGACAAAUGAGGACAGUUGCUGGAAUGGUCAGACACGGGGCAGGUAUCUCCCAGAUGUGACAGCUGAUGGACUGGUGAAUCAAAUCAACAACCCAGAAGUGGAGGUCGACAUUUCACAACCCGAUCUUCUAACCCGGAGACAUGUCCUGGCUCUCCGCAGUGUGGCCUCGCGGCUGGUGGGGGCAUGCCAUGGGCAAGACCUCGACUUUCAGGAUGCUGAUGACGAUGGCAUCAGUGGCUCAGGUGCUGGAUAUCACGAAGACCGGCCAGCCUUCCCAGGGUCAGGAGGUGCAGUUGCCAGAGGGGCUUCUGGGAGCUCACGGCCUUCCCCUGACUCUCGAGCCCCUCGAAGGGAGCAACCUGGGAAGGGUUCCUCCUCCCUGCAGAACCAAAGCGGGGGAAGGCUGAGCAGCGGGGCUGGGCCUUUCCCACCAGCAGCCCUAUCACUGGCCCUCUUCCUGCACUUGGUCUUCCUCGGGGGCCGGUGAGAGGGGCUUGUCCCCAAGCACCAGACCUCCUUUAGGGAGGGGAAGCACCCCUCUCCGUGUGCCCCAGGGAAAUGAAAGCUGGAGGACAGGUGGGGGAUGCAGUUUUGUAGGGGUGAAAAGGAGGGGCUCAUAAGCCUGACUUCUUCGCUGAAGAGCAUGGAGGGGAAGGGAAGGGAGCCUCAUAAGUUGGUUCACCUUUUGUCCUUGGAAAAGCAAACUGUUUCCCUCCUGGUGCUUUCAGGGAUGGUAAGCUUCGAAAUUACCCUUGUUUGUUGUUUCCUUUUCAUACCUGCAACUGUCCGGGUUUUAUGACCAGGAUGGGUUUUUUUUUCCACUUUCUUAAGUGGAGGGGGAAUAACUGGGGGGUGCAGACCACCACCAAGUUUCCCUUUUUCAUACAGUCCCCAGGACCAUUUUGAUCAGCAGAAGAGACUCCUGCAUUUGGGCUGGUAGCAGCUGCAGGGAUAAGCACAAGUGGCUGGAUCUCUUCUCUCUCACACACAAACACACACAUGUUCACACGCACAUAUACAUUCUUCCUGCCUCGGUGCCACUGUCUUAUGCAUGCAUGCUUAUAAUCACCCAAACACCCCCACACACACCAACAGUCCCACACCCAUACACACAGACACUUUCCCAGAAAAACUUUUUGUGUGGGAGGCAGUACUGAUAUUAAGCCCAAACCUCUGGACUCUUUUUUUUCUUAAAUUAUGGAAUAAAAUAUUUAAUUUAUUGUUUUCCAUAUCAACAACACCUCUUUCUCACUUAUUUGUGCUCUUCUGUUUGUGCAAGUCUCAAGACUU